CCGUUGGGUAUAUGCGCUCGCAGAUGUCAUGUGAAAACCCGCAUGCUGGCCUUACCGCACAACUGAAGAGUCCGAGCACCGCUUCACGCACCUCUGGAAUGGUUUUGCACAGUAGUCUCCCAUCACUUUGACGAGAGCAAACUUCACCACCGAGGAUUUUGUUUGUUUUACUCUGGUUUAUGUUUGUUUCUUCAUGACUGACGGGAGCGAGUCGCCACCACUAUGCGAGCCCAAAUUGAAGUCAUACCAUGCAAAAUCUGUGGAGACAAGUCAUCAGGCAUCCACUAUGGAGUCAUCACAUGUGAAGGCUGCAAGGGUUUCUUCAGGCGCAGUCAACAGAACAACGCGUCCUACUCCUGUCCCCGUCAGCGCAACUGCCUGAUCGACCGAACAAACCGCAACCGCUGCCAGCACUGUCGGCUCCAAAAGUGCCUGGCUCUGGGCAUGUCUCGGGAUGCUGUUAAGUUUGGCCGCAUGUCCAAGAAGCAAAGGGACUCUUUGUACGCAGAGGUUCAGAAACACCAGCAGAGGCUGCAGGAGCAGCGGCAGCAACAGACGGGCGAAGCGGAGGCCCUCGCUCGUGUUUACUCCUCCAGCCUCACCAACGGCCUCAGCACCCUCAACCACGAGAUCGGAGGGACGUAUGCCAAUGGUCACGUCAUAGACAUGCCCAAAGGUCAGCCGAACGGUGCUCCCGGAGGCUACUACGGCAUGGACUCCACACAGGCCAGCCCGGAUCAGUCAGGAUUGGACAUGACUGGAAUGAAGCAGAUUAAACAGGAACCCAUAUAUGAUCUCACCCCUGUUCCCAACCUUUUCACCUACGGCUCCUAUCAAGACAGCCAGUUAGCACCUGGAGUGUCUAUGGGGGAAUUAGACCGAAUUGCACAGAACAUCAUAAAGUCCCACCUGGAGACGUGUCAGUACACAGCAGAGGAGCUCCAGCAGCUAGCCUGGCAGACGCACUCCUAUGAAGAGGUCAAGAUGUACCAAAGCAAGACACGGGACGUGUUGUGGCAACAGUGUGCUAUACAGAUCACUCAUGCCAUUCAGUAUGUGGUAGAGUUUGCUAAGCGCAUCACUGGCUUCAUGGAGCUUUGCCAGAAUGACCAGAUAUUAUUACUGAAAUCAGGUUGUCUGGAAGUAGUGUUGGUCAGAAUGUGCCGGGCAUUCAACCCUCUCAACAACACGGUUCUGUUUGAAGGAAAAUAUGGAGGCAUGCAGAUAUUUAAAACUCUAGGCUGUGAUGACCUGGUCAGUGCAGUGUUUGACUUUGCCAAGAGUCUGUGUUCACUCCAGUUAACGGAAGAGGAGAUCGCCCUGUUUUCUGCCGCAGUGCUCAUUUCUACAGACCGGCCGUGGUUAAUGGAGCCCAGGAAAGUGCAGAAGCUACAAGAGAAAAUCUACUUUGCCCUGCAGCACAUCAUGCAAAAGAACCAUCUGGACGAGGACGCGCUGGCCAAGCUGAUUAGCCGGAUCCCCACGCUGUCGGCUCUGUGCACUCUCCAUACAGAGGAGCUUCAGGCCUUCCAGCAGCUCCACCCAGAGACGGUUAACAUGCUAUUUCCUCCCCUCUAUAAGGAGCUCUUCAAUCCUGACGCCGCUGGCGUCAUGCCCAAAUGACCGCACACGUUCACAAAAGCACACUUCGCAAAGUCUUUCAUUCAACAACCGGAGGGCGUUGCAGAGGAUGAACACUGUGUCGCAGCAUCCACAGAUUUUGCAGCCACCACAAAAAAAAAGAAACUCUAGGAAUGUCCUGCACUUCAAAAAUCCAACUCGAUUUCACCGGUACAGUCAUAAGAAUGUAUAUAUGCGCCAGCAGCAAAAGGCGCCUUCCGUUUGACCAGAAAUGUACAGACUUUAGGACAAUUUAAGAUGUCUUUAAAUUGGGUAAGUUAAUUUGUUUGACCUCUUUCUCUCUCUCUCUCCAAUUUUGUUUUUAUAAAAUAUUGUUAUAUUGAAAUGAGAAGGUGGGGAGUGCAUUCAAAAAUGAUAAUGUAGUCAUUUCUCUAGUACAAAGCGGUAUUUCAGUAUUAAAUCUUGUUCUGUUAAUAUUUUAGUCAUAAUUUAAAAAGCGGUCUGAAAGGCCCAUACCUUGUCUAUGUAAUUUUUCGUAUUUGUUUUGUAGUUUUACCUGUACAGAAUAUGUGAAGUUGAAACUGGUAUAAGGUUAACGGGGGACUAACUUUGUUUGGCCACGUUUAAAAGCCUUGUCUGGGCUAUGUAGAUAUGUAUAAACAACAGCACCACAACAUGAAUCCUACAACUACGGAUUUUUGAAGUGGGAAAAUAAUUGAUAAUGGAUACUUUUCCAUACAAAAGUAUAGAGAUAUAUAUUUUACAAACACUGUAUGGCCGAUUACCAUCUUGUCAGUCACAGCUGCAAUAACAGUUUCUGUAACUGCUGAAAAACAAUCCAGUCAAAUGUGACUUUUCAAAAAGCCCCCAGAACUGCUUCAAAUCUCUAAUCCUGCUGUAAAUGCCUCAAAAUGCUGUUUUUACUGCCACACUGCCAAAACUAAUACAGCUCUAGUUUAAACUGCUAGUACAUAAUCAUUUACUGCCACUGAUAUGAAGUCAAUCUCAUCUCUUUUCUGCCACCUUCAUAGACAAUUGUCUGACUUUAGCAAUAAUGUCUAAUAUGUCAUUACAUGCCCAGGUCAGGCUGGGUCUGUGGUACUCUUAACCUUAUGCUAAAUGUAAAGCACUCAUCCUUAUUUUAAACAUCAACUUACUGUAUUUAAAUAUUUAUUAGAUAAAAUGUUUUUUUGGCAAUGCAUAAUUCAAAAUCAAUAUCUGAAGUCAUCUAAAAUUAAUCAGUCAAUUCCAAAAAUUAUGUUUUUCAAAGAAAACAGUCAUGGAAGUCCAUUCACAUAUAAUGUACUCACCCCCUUGUCAUCCAAGAUGUUCAUGUCUUUCUUUCUUCAGUCAUAAAGAAAUUAUGUUUUUUGAGGAAAACAUUUCAGCAUUUUUCUCCAUAUAAUGGACUGAUAUGGUGCCCGAUUUUGGACUGUGCCCGAUUUUGGAUUCUGGACUGUUUUUGUUCCAGUUCAUGACAGUUAAUUAUUUCUGCAGUGAUGUAGGAUGAUUUUGAAAUGAUUUUUGAAGUUGAGGGAGAAAAUACGAUUGGAGUUUUUCGACAUACCCUAACUGUCUUGAGUCAGAAUACACAGUUCAGAAAGAGAAAGGCAAGAUGAGCAUUUAAGAUUAAAUUAAAUUUAAAUAGUUUUUUUUUUUUAAUAAAAAUAACCGAUCGUUUCACUAGAUAAGACCCUUCUUCCUCGGCUGGGAUUGUUUACAACCACAUUUGGGAUCGUUUGAAGCUGCAUUUAAACUGCCUUUUGGGGCACCAUACCAGUCAAUAAUAUGGAGAAAAAUGCAGAAACGUUUUCCUCAAAAAACACAAUUUCUUUACGACUGAAGAAAGAAAGACAUGAACACUGGAUGAUAAGGGGGUGAGUACAUUAUAUGUGAAUCUUUGUUUUGGAAGUGGGACCUCUCCUUUAAGCAAUCAAUUUAAACAUUGUCUUAUUUUUAAAAAUUCUUUCAGAAAUUCCAUUGGAAUUUGUAAUCAUAAUUUGGAAUGAAUCUUGACAGAUUACAAUCAAAUAGGAAUUCCUAAUGUUUGUUUUUAAUGUUUUUAUUUAUGUAUUUAUUAUUUUAUUUAUUUGCUUUUUAACACAAACUUGCUACAUUUGGGAAUAAAAAAGGAAUAUAGUACUGAUCCGGUGAUUGUCUUGGAAUUUAGCUGGAUUUUAGCAGAUUUUAAUAUGACAGCAUUAACUAUCAUUCUUAAACAACCACAGAGAAGUUUCCUGCAACUCAGUAUUGCUGAGCAUCCUUAACUUGCUGUAAUCCACUGUUAAUGCAAGUGGUAAAUGACAAUCAUCUUUGACUACUCAUAUUGCAGUACAGAACCACAAAAUGCAGCUCCUGUAGUAAGACUAGUAGUUCUACGAGGGCAGUUUGGCAAAGGUAAAUCUUACAAAGUACCACCUCAUACCACCAGGUGGAGAUAAUGAGAGUGCUUUUCCCCUUCUCUUGACCUGUACUCACAGGAUGUAAAGCCAUAUGUAAUUUUCUUAUGAAGGAAAAAACAAACACACGAGCUAGGAGUUGAUAUUCGGUUACACCGAUCAGUGAAUUUUUAGUACAUCUUGAUGCAUUUAUAUUGUGAAAUGCACUUGAAAGCACUUAACAAUGAAGGAUUAAUAACUACAGAUGGUAUUAAAUACAUGCACAAAUGUAGUCUGCUGAGAAGCAAUCGUACUACCUGUUCAAGUCCUCCUACUGAACCAAACGCUCUCAGCCCAACUUUAGGGAAUGUUUCUGAUUCCUUCAGUGUCAGUUUCCUGUUCAAGACAAUCAUUUCUGGGUGCGAUUUUUCUUGGCACCCAUCUCAGGGACUUCUCUUUUAAUGUUUUCAAUAGAAAGAGAGUACUAUUUAAAAAAAAAAAAAAUAUGGACACUUUUAGGGAAUUAAAUACAAUCACAGUGGUUUCUUCACAUACAAAACCUACCCAGACAAGGCUUUGGUGUGUGUGUGUGUAGCCCUAUGUGUGUGUAAAGCGUACACCCAUCGUUGAGAGGUGAAACAAGCGAACUGCGAAACAGGCCUCGGCGCACUGCAUCGCUUGUUGCACGUCCCAGCAAACUGCUCUCUCUCUCUCUGUAAAUAUCAAUGUGCAGCAGUGUACUAGCAACGGUGCCUGUGCUCCAAAUUAAAACGUUGUAAUUAUUAAGCAUCUCCUAAAAUGAAAUGGAUUUUAUGUAAGUUAGAUUAUUUAUACAGAGCAUGAAUAAGCUGCUCUCUAUCUAUUUCUAUGCUCAUUACAGAAAAUGGAUUCAGUCAGAAAUCAUUUUAAACUUAUGAUGAAGGCUUUUUUUGUAUUAGACUGUGAAUUGAGGGCGAGAGGAAUUUGUAUCUAUAUAUGAGGUUCAACACUGUUAGGUACUGUAGCAAUAACUGGAAGCAUUUACUACAGUCAUCUUUGCAUUCUAAGAUUAUUUUUAUUUUAUUAUAAUUAUAUUAUUAUUAGCCUAUUGUUGUUCAGUUAUUCUUGCAUGCUGGUUCAUAAUAAUGAAACCUUUGGGCUUUUGUGUUUUCUUAUGUGUUGCUGAUGAAGGGUGGGCAACGGGGAGGGGGGUGGAAGUUGGGCUUGGGCUCGUUUUAUUCUGAAUGUUUCUGGGUUGGUGUCGACGAAACACAAAACACCCUGUUCAUUCUUUUCGCACACACAGACACAAGCACAAAGUAUUUCUUACUGUGUAGGAAUUAAAUAAGGGCACUGAAGGUCAAAACAUACGAAAGUACGUUGACGCGGGUGGAAGCUCGACUUCAACGGUCGUUGCGCACAAAGGCGCUCUGCAUACUAACCGUCGCCUCAUGGCGGGAAUUCGCUCAAAUAUAUUCAAUUACGCUUUCAAACGUUUGUUAAAGUCUGUUUAUAACAACUUACC